AUGCCAUCCUGGACGACUGUUGCGGCCACCAACAUCGGGGAUGCGAAAGCCGAGUCGGUAGCAACUGUGGAUAUUCGAGUCGGUACAACUGAUUCAAGGUUUGUUGGGCCUGUCAUCUUGCAACGUUUUGGAAAUGAAGCUCUCUUUCGUAUCGCAGUCCUCCAGGAUGGUGCAGAUAGAAACGCCCUUGCGAUCUGUCUGCCUCCUGAUGAGAUUUGGACGGCCGAGCCUCCCAAGAAAGUGAUCAGCCCACACUCCAAAACCAAAGCAAUCAAGAGUAUCAUCAAUCUACCAGAAAACAAUGCGGAAGGAUUCGACAAAGUUACAAUAGUAAUGCCCUGGAAUGGAAAUGAUGGUCCUUCCUUCCUGUUUUCCGAAGCCGUGGUAUUCGCCUCCCAGGUGGUCGUUGACGCUGUGUUGAGCACAAAGGAGGAUGGUUGUGAAAACUCCAACAAUGAGGGAUCCAAGCACGAAGAAUCCAACUACGCAGCAUCCUCCGAUGAAAGCGAUUUCAGCGACCUUGACAUCAGCGGUCUGCAAGUAUCCUCCCCUUGA